AUGCAGUCCUCUUCACACAUGUUCAUGGAAAACCCCCAUGUGGGAGACAGAUCAAGAGUGGAAGAUUGGCGUAUCACUGGUUACAAUCCUCUAACACCUCCGGACCUUCUACAGUCGCAAUACCCUCUUAAUCCAAAGUGUGAGAAGACGAUCUUGGAAGGAAGAGAAAAAGCAUGCGAUAUUAUUAAUGGUAAGGACGAUAGACUAUUGAUUAUUGUUGGUCCUUGUUCUCUUCAUGAUCCAGUUGCUGCCGUUGAUUACUGCAAUAGGCUAAGUAAGCUAAGUGAGUCUUUGAAGAAGGAUCUACAUAUCGUGAUGCGUGCUUACUUGGAGAAGCCAAGAACCACUGUUGGUUGGAAGGGAUUGAUCAACGAUCCUGAUAUUGAUGGUACUUUCAAGAUCAACAAGGGUCUUAGAAUUUCCAGAGAACUGUUCGUUAAGCUCACUGAGAAGCUGCCUAUUGCUGGAGAGAUGCUUGAUACCAUUUCUCCUCAAUUUUUAUCUGACUGCUUCUCUGUUGGUGCCAUUGGUGCCAGAACUACCGAGUCUCAGCUUCACAGAGAGUUGGCUUCUGGUUUAUCGUUCCCCGUGGGAUUUAAAAACGGUACUGAUGGUACUCUCAGCGUUGCUAUUGAUGCUAUCCGUGCUGCAGCUCAUCCUCAUCACUUUCUUUCCGUCACAAAACCCGGUGUUGUAGCUAUUGUUGCCACCGAGGGAAACAAGGACACCUUUGUCAUUCUUAGAGGUGGAAAGCACGGCACCAACUAUGACGAAGAAAACGUCAAACUUGCGCAGGCAGCUCUAGAAAAGGCCAAGACAGUCAAGCCUGGUGAGGCACGUAUUAUGGUAGACUGUUCACAUGGAAAUUCUCAGAAAAACCACAAGAACCAGCCAAUAGUUGCUGCUGAGGUCGGCAGACAGGUUUCUAAUGGAUCUACUCACAUCUGUGGUCUUAUGAUCGAGUCUAAUAUCGUGGAAGGACGUCAAGACGUACCAGAAGAAGGUGGAAGCGAUAAGUUGAAGUAUGGAUGCUCAAUCACUGAUGCUUGUAUAUCCUGGGAGGAUACCAUUAAGGUGUUGAACAAAUUGGCUGAGUCUGUGAGAUCCAGGAGAAAGGUCGUUGCAGCUACUAAGUAA